AUGACUCAGCUGAUAGCAGCAAAGAUCGUUGCCACGGCUCUCUGCAGAGGCUCGGGCUUGGUUGGGGGGAUCUACGCCCCGAGCCUGUUCAUAGGUUCGGCGGUAGGCUCGGUGUAUGGGUCGCUGGCGGGUGCGGCUAUCCAGGCUGCCAUUCCUGGGAAGGCGGAGGUCGCGGCUCCACAGGCAUAUGCUCUGGUGGGCAUGGCAGCAAUGCUCGCCUCUGUGUGCUCUGUGCCUCUCACAUCCGUCUUGCUCCUCUUCGAGCUCACUAAGGACUACCGCAUCCUGCUGCCGCUCAUGGGCGCAGUGGGGCUGGCCUACUGGGUCUCAUCAGUAGCCAAUCGCAAGAAGCCCGUUCUCUCGCACGCCAAGCUCGCCCCCGGCUCUGCCGCAGCCUUUGCUGCAGCCGGCGGGCACGGCGACUCAGCCCUCACACUCUACUCACCCCUUGGCACUGCCAUGAACGGCCACACUUCUCACCAGCAGAAUCUAGCCCUUUUGCAUGAGCACCACCACUCGACGCAUUUCGGGGGGCCGCCGCUGUCCCCGACGCAGCUCAGGGCGUCUUCGUCUAUCUCGUGGCAUAGGGGAAGUGGUGGUAGCAGUACUGGUGGCGGGAGUGGUGCGGAGGAAAUGGAGUUGUGUGCGGUUGAGGGGUUUGCGGGGGGUGUGGAGGCGGCUUUGAGCGUCGAUAGACUGCUGGACGAACUCAAGGUGGCUGCAGCAAUGAGCACCACCUUUGUGUCAGUGCGGGCAGACGCCACUGUAAGAGAGGCUGUGCUGGCCCUCCUUGAAGGCCGCUCAGACUGUGCCAUGGUGGUGGACGCAGAGGGGCUGCUAGAAGGCACACUCUCUCUCACUGACGUGCACCGGGAGCUUCGCCGAUCCUCCAUUAUCAGCGCGGCCGGCACGGCCAGCCACCGAGGCUCGGCGAUCGCCGGACCUGGAGGCUCGGCGCGAAGCUCGGUUGCGGGUGGAGUAGUUGGUGGUUCGGGAGGAGGGGGAGGAGGAGGAGGUGGGAGUCAUAGAGGUUCGGCAGUGUCGGUAGGGCUUAUGCCUGUUGGAGGAGUGGGAGGAAUGGGAGGAAUGGGAGGGUUGGAGAGGGCAUUAUCACACAGAGCUUCGGUCGCUGCCUCUGAACUGGCUCCUGUAGGCGUUGAGGUGCACGAGAUGCUGGUGGGAGCGGUGUGCACCGGCACCACAGCCCACGGGGACUCCGACCUCGUCGUGUGCUUCCCAGACCAGAAGCUGCGUGCCGCCCGCCACCUAAUGCUGCCGAGGAACCUCACGGUGCUUCCGGUGGUGUCUCGGUCCGGCAAGCGGUGGCAGGACCGCGGGCGAAAGCUCGUUGGCGUGCUGGAAGCAUCGGCUAUCCGCGCCACAUGCCAAGCGGAGGCAACCCGUCGGAUAUUGGGAGUACCUGAGGAACCACAAGAAGCAUCACAUGGAGCUGGUGGUCACUGA